AUGCCCUCAGCAGCAGCAGCAGCAAGUGGAAAGGGAAACACAACCAAGGACAUUGAAUCUGUAAGUGAGAAGCUAGUGAGCGACCUCAAAGUCACGAUGGAUGAUCAUCUGAAACUGAGGAUUUUUUAUGAUCAUGAGAAAGAUCAAAGAUCCUACAACUAUCUUCAGGAGGGUAACAAGAAACCCUCUGAGGAGGGGUUACCUUGGAACUUGCGAAGUCGUCCAACUACUUGUAAGACUGGGUGUGGUCGUUUGACCCCCGUUAUGCAGCAAUCACAAAAAGGGAUUGAUGGGAAGGCUAGCGGGAGUUCAACAUGGCUGCAAAGGCCAAAGUUCUUAGCCACUCUGUCAAAUGAAGAGAUUGAGACAGAUUUCUUGCUCUUGACUGGUGCAAAGCCAUCUCGUAGGCCUAAGAAAAGGUCUAGGUCCCUUCAGAAACAAUUUCAUGUGUUUAUGGUUAAGAUCGAGGAAAGGACGCAAGUGAAAGUCUUGCAAAUUUGGAGAGCAAUCAUGAAUAAAAGGGGGCGGUAA